AUGAAUGGCAUCGAGAUUUGCCUCUCGAAACAGGUCUACAAGCCCGGAGAAACAAUUUACGGCAAGGAUCCUUGGUCGAUUGUUCUCAAGGGCGGUCCUAAGUCAAAUAAUGGUCCCGAGAAAGAAACCGAAAUCCCAGAGGCACCAGGAGAGGCCUCCGAUUUAUUUGUCAAUAUAGCCCUUGAGAGGAAUCAACACGAACUUGGCGAUCCGAUAACUUUAGUAUCUACUUCAAAAGCGACAAAAUCGCUGCAGAUCAAUUCCACUAGUUUUAGGCUUGUUCGUCACAUCGAACUCAUGCCCCAACUUCUGGAUAUUUCAAAGUCAGUUGGUUCCGCGGUCCAAAACGAAAAAAUACGCCUGAGUGAAGUCCUUUUCGGUACUAUUCUUCCCGCCGUCACAAACAGCAAGUCUGAAUUCCAGAUUGACGUAAUUCAGCUGGCUUUGCCGCCGAUUUCUCAGUCAGACUUCACUACAAGUGUGAGCUGUCCUUUUUUCCGGUGCUUUUUUGAGAUUGAAGUCAGCAUUAGCCUCUCACCUGGUCCCCAAGACCCGCAUUCCGAGAGACCUGCAGAUGCAGAGUGUAUGGUUUUCAAAGUGCCUGUCCAAGUCAUCCCACCGAAGACCCUGUCGCCUUUGGCUGCUGGAAUGCCUGCCAUCCCGGAUUUUACUCACAUUCCUGUCCUCCGUCACCUGGGAGCAACAACCCUUUAA